AUGCCAUCCAGACUGAGGAAGACCUGGAAAAUCCGGGGCCACGUGGGCCACGGCCACGGCCGCAUCAGUAAGCACUGCAAGCACACAGGCGGCCGCGGGAAUGCUGGAGGCAGGCAUCACCACAGGAUCAACUUUGACAAAUAUCACCCAGGUUACUUUGGGAAAGUUGGUAUGAGGCACUACCACCUGAAGAGGAACCAGAGCUUCUGCCCAACUGUCAACCUGAAUAAACUGUGGACGUUGGUCAGCGAGCAGACGCGGGUCAAUGCAGCAAAAAACAAGACUGGAGCUGCUCCCAUCAUUGAUGUUGUUCGAUCAGGCUACUACAAAGUUCUGGGCAAGGGAAAGCUCCCUAAGCAACCUGUCAUCGUGAAGGCCGAAUUCUUCAGCAGAAGAGCUGAAGAGAAGAUUGAGGGUGUUGGAGGUGCCUGUGUUCUGGUGGCUUAA